UCAGUUUGGAACCAACUCAACUGUUGUUAUCAACAAGAAUUUCCUGCAGCUGCUUUUUUUUUAAAGGAUAAUGGGGGUUACGAAGAAUAAUAGGGAUCUUUUUCACUUUGGAUAUAUCGAAGAUGAGCUUGAACAAUUGGAGAAUACUCUGGAAAGUGAAGAGGAAGAGAAUGUUGCAAACAAACAGAGAAAGUUAAGGCGAGGUAGAAGAGCAGGUUACCAUGGAUCAUCCAGUAGCAUUAAUGCCAUGGGCAGGAAAAGAAUGGGGGCUGGCAAAGCUCGUCGUGUUGAUAAUUUGAAACAACUGUUGAACAUGGCAGAAAAAGAUGACUCAUUGGAGCUGGACUUUGAUAUUUUUGAGCCAACCAUUUCAGCAUUUGCAGAACUGUUUAAUGAAAAAGAAAAGAUGCAGGCUUGGAAUAAUUUUGUGAAUAGCUCAGAGGAGGAACAGGAAAGAAUCAUCAGUGGAAGAUCUAUCCCAGAAACCAUCACAGAGGAGGAAGAGGAAGUAGAGAGAGACUUCGAGAUGGUGGAGAGGAUGACGGAAAAUACAACUGACAAAAGGAAAUAUCAUCCAUCUUAUACUGCAGAGGAGUGCUUCCAGAGAAUUGACAAGAAAAUUAAAACCCAUUUGAGAAGAAAACAUGUGCCACUGGAAUUUCUGAUGAGUCUGGAGGGGAAUGUGAUUGAGUUCUUCAGAUCUUGGCCUGACUCUGUGUACGUCCAACAUCUAACAGGAGGGUUUGAGAGAAUGAUGCUGCACGGCGUGUGCCAGUACCUAGACCUCCAUUCCAAAAGUGUGGAAAACAAUGGAGAACGUCACACUCACGUAGAGAACCCUUAUCCUGUCUUUGAUCCUCCCACCGUUUUACUGUCAUCCUACCUUCAAAGCUCAUCAUCAUGACAACACAAUAUCAAAAUACAACUCUUUUUAUGAUGCAAAUUGAAAAGUUAUUGGAUAUUUAUUUUUUGGUAUUUCUGAUAUUAUGGGUUUAUAUAUGUUAACAGUUAGCAAUGAUGUUAAUGCAUGUAUUUUGUGCCUCAGGUUGAUUCUGAUCUUUAUGUACAGCAUAGUUAUAUGUAUUUAGUUGUAAGACAUGGAUAAUUUUUACAGCUGUUACUCAUUUUAUACAUCACACUGUUCACACAUCGUUUAGAUUCAGUUGCAAACUUUUGAUUUUAUGAAACCACCAGUAACAAAUUGAUGUGAAAUUGAAUAUUUUUUUCAUGCGUGAUCUUUAUAUUUUAAUGAAAAGAUCAGGUGUAAAUAUAUAUUUAUUAAAAAUGAUGGAAACCAGUGAAAACACAAUAUGUCAAGAAUAUUUUUCUAAUGAUAUUUUUAUGAAUUUGACAGAGUAACAAGGGACAUAACCCAGCCAUACAGAUUCACAUAAAAGCUACAGUAUAUUUUAAUUGUUUUAAAGAAGUGUAUCUUUCUUUGAAUUCAUUAUGUAAAUUACGCUUUUACAGUAUUGUACAGAAAAUAAAAUACUGGCAAUUCUAAA